UGCAUUCUCACAUGGUAUCAGAGCUUUAGUGAGAAACCUAUCGUUGUGCAUCAUUCCAGCGACUUCCGGGAAGAAAGACCUCGUCGCCGUGCAAUUUUCCGGCGACUUAGAAGGCUGCCUGUAAUCGCAUCAAUUUUUAUUGGUGUGUGCAAAAAACCAACACCACCACAAGACUCCUCAGGCUCCGGCGACCAAGCCCCAGUAAACCCCACCGGAAAACUCACGUACACGUGCCGGAAAAGGAAGAAACUUUGGGGCGAGAUCUGACCCACGUGUCGGCGCGUGAGCACUGUUCCGGCCAUUUUUUGAAAAACUUCUAGUUGGACAGUCGGAUCGUCUAGUAAUUCCGAGUUUGUCCAUACCUUUUUCAUUUGAUUCCGACCACUUUGUGUUUUUCCGGCGACUACACUGACUUUUUCCGGUAGCUACAGUAAUUUUCCGGCAAAAACAGUGUUGCCUUUAUCUGUUUCAGCGCGUUGUCAGUUGAUUCUUUCAGUUAUUUGGUGAUAAUCCAACGAUGUCUUUGGGAGUCGAUGCUUUCGGGUCUAAAAACCCGGGUUCUGGCAGUUCCGGUGUUAUGAUUACCUCAGAACCCUUAAUGGGAGGUUCAAACUACUUAGCUUGGGCUUCGUCUGUCGAGUUGUGGUGUAAAGGUCAAGGAGUUCAAGAUCAUUUAAUAAAAAAGGCUAGCGAAGGUGAUGAAAAGGCCAAAACACUGUGGGAGAAGGUCGAUGCUCAGUUAUGUAGUAUCCUGUGGCGAUCUAUUGAUUCCAAGUUGAUGCCCUUGUUCCGUCCAUUCCAGACAUGUUAUUUAGUUUGGGAAAAGGCUCGUAAUUUAUACACUAAUGACAUAUCUCGUUUCUAUGAUGUAAUAUCGCGAAUGACAAGCUUAAAGAAACAGGAAUUGGAUAUGUCUACUAACUUGGGACAAGUACAGGCAGUCAUGGAAGAAUUUAAGACGUUAAUGUCAGUUUCUGCUAGUAUUGAAAAGCAACAAGAGCAAUGACAGAAGAUGUUUCUAGUUCUUACACU